CAUAUUGAAAUAAACAACUCCACAUGUAUUUUUGUAUCAUCCACGAAUAAAUAAAUAUUGUUUCGAUCGAGAAAAAUUUAAUUUGAUUUACAGUAGCUAAGUAAAAUGUCAAAGUCAAUUUUAAAUCGUUGCCUGGAACUGGUUGAAGAUGACCUACCAGUAAACCUAAAAUCUAAGCAAUCAAAGAAAAGCACCAAUAAAAAACGAAAACAUAGCUCGAUAUUUGACCUGAUACCAGAACAAAAACGCCUAACAAUCACAACUAAAAUUGGCAAAACUCAAAUCAAACAAAAAGUGAAUAAAAUCAAAGCAACGGAAAAAUUCACGGUGAAACAGGCCAAAGAUAAAAUGAAACAAAGCAAAGACCGAACAGAAGAGAAUGUUAAACGAUUAUUGGCACUUGAUAAUGCAUUGAAAAUUGACGAUGAAACAAAAGAAUUGAUGAUAAGGCGAGCACAAACCGGUCACUAUGUUAUUCCAGAGAAGAAACAAGAGGAAGAAGAAGAUGUAUUCACCGAAGAAGAUUUCGCCAAAUUCGAACGAGAAUAUUUCUUCAAAACUUAAAUAAAAUCAGUUGUU